AUGCUCAAUGACAUCAUCGCCUUUUUUGCCAUUUGCUUGAUAACCCGGCAAAUUGCUGACCCGGCGCCGCCACACGUUGGUACUCAGGUUCCGAGCGCCUACUAUGAGCUGAAUCGGACCGCCGUCACGGCCUACUGGCAUAAUGUGCUGAUGAGAUCGUUGAUAAAGUCUAAACUCGAGCGAGAGAAGAAAUAUUUGAAUCGAAUUGAAGCCGCUUUGGCUGAUAUUUGUCUCAGUGAAGCCAAGACGUUGGUGGAUAGACUCCGAUGUUUAGAUACUGCCAUUUCGCAAAGGAGCGCGAAAGACUUCACUUAUGAGAAUGUAUGUGACAAAAUUCCACGCGAAGCCUAUGUACGCGAAGAAAAGCCUAUUUUAAUUGAACCGGCUCCUCCCCCAAUAGCCUUCGGAACUGUAAAAUUCACGAUGAAACGCCGCUCUCGCACGAGGAAGAAGACAAAAACCUUCCGCAUCAAAAAACGCAGAAAAUCUCGACGAAGACUUGAGCUGCUCCAGAAUCGAGCGAAGCAACUUCAAAAAGAACAGAAACUUUCCAAGUUUGUGCACUAUUUGAAGAGCUUCAAAACGGAACGAAGCUGGAGGAGAAAACGGGAGAUUACCGCCAAGCAAUUGAAGGAUAUGCCAGAAGAUUAUACAAAUUUUGGCAAGGAUAUUUAUGCUAUGAUUUUCGAAAUAGAAGAACAUGAAAGGAAAGUCGAACGAAUUAAUAAUUUUUGGUCUAUGGUUACUAAAGAAAACGCGAAGCUUAUUCAAAAUGCGAAUAAGAAUAUAGAUGUUAUUGCUCCGAAAUUAUCAUCGAAACGCCGAUUGUUAGAAGGAGCUCUCGCCAGAGUUCAACCCUUAUUUCAUAAACAGCAAUCAAAGAAUCGGAAGACGAUGCCGACUUCCGUGUUGUCGCCUAGAUUUUUCUCUAGUUCAGCGUCAGAUUAUGCUGAUGUGUUGUCGCCAAAUAUUUUUGGGUUACGUCCGGGUGGAAUUCUAUCACUUUAUGAUCUCGGUCAACAUGGCCGCGGUGCCUUUGAUCUCUCAAUGACUAAAUUUCUCUUGGAAAUAUCGGGCAGCGCGAAAGCGAUUCGACAUAUUUAUGCGGAUAUGGGGCCGGAGAUUCGGCGAAUCAAGGAAGAAGUCUAUCCAGAUACUAUGGAACUCGCUGAACAUACUUUAAAUGGACUAAAAGCUAGGAGGAUGAUGGACAAUCGACAGCAAUGCGAAUUGAAACAUUACGGCUACACCCAUCUAUCCACGAAACAAAUCCAGCUAAUUUACAAUAAAAAUAACAAAUUCUCUCGGGAACUUCCGCUUAAUUUAACGGCUUGGGACGACAUGAGAUGGGAGGAUAAAGAGCAGAGACUGGAGAGAAUGCUGUGGAACAUGCUAUCCCUGGCGACUAAUCAUCUUCAGCCACCAGCGCCACAACAAGGAGCUUUCGUAACUGAGAAGCCGAUUGGCCCGGAACCGCCAAGCCCAAUUUUCCGUCGGAAACGAGAGUCUCCGGAAGAAGGACCUCCUGGGUCAACGACUCGAGUAAAUGGUAUUCUGUAUGAAGUCCUUGAGCCAUAUUCAUUUGAUGUUUUAUCAGGACUCGAUGCCUACUUGGAAGCUUUGGUUUUAUCGCCCAGCGCUUUCACCGUCGAGAUUUUUCAGCCAGAAUUGUUGAUUCUUGGUCUAUUAUCACCACGAGCUUUCAAUGCUGUCAUUUUAUCACCUGGAGCCUUGAUUGCUAGAAUUCUGAGUCCUAUGGGUUUUAAAGUCGAGGUCCUCUCACCAAGGGCCCUUGGCGCAUGGGUAUUAGCUCCAGAGGGGUUUGUCGCCGAUAUUCUAACGCCAACUUUCCUUGAGCCUAGGGUUCUGUCGCCAAUUGGAGGCAUCGUUUCAGUAUUAUCACCAAAUAUCCUUGGCCCACAUAUUGGCGGUACGGAUAACCUCGGGAUUACUGUUUUGAGCCCAAAUAUUCUAUCGCCAAGAAUUGCGGGGCGCGAGCGGCUGCUUGUCGAGAUUUUAUCCCCACAUAUUCUCGGAGGAGAACAUUUGCACGCCCAUCACCGUGGCGGGCAUGAACCCGAAGAGGACGAUGAUGAGCCAGCGAAGGGCGGUCACGCUUCGAUUGAGCUGAUUGAUCUGCAUGGAUUGGCUCAUGACGUCGGCCCUGACGACCCCAUUACCCUCGAAAAGAUUAUCGGUCGCGGCGAGGAAUGGGCGGAGGAAGAGGUUAUGCCAGAUGACCGGCAUCUUAUGGAGUUCCUUGGAAUCCCCCUGCCACCCUCACACGCAGAGGCCCAUCUAUCACAUUUGGGCGGAAGAGGCCGAGGCAGGCCUUGGCCAUGCAGCUGUGGAAGAGCAAGCAGACUGACUAGAUUUCUGGUCGAAAGCAAUGUGCAAGUACCA